GGGCAGCGGGCCGGCAUGGCGGCGGCGGGAGCGUGGCUGAGGAGCGGAGUGAAGGUGAUGCAGCUGAAAAGAAAUGUGCCAGCGUACUUGGCAGCCUCUUGGAGGGCUUCUCCAUGUGUCUAUAGAUCCUUCAAAUCGGAACCUGUGCCAAGUGUGACGACUGAUGGACUCGUCUGUGCUCCACUGCAAACGUUCACUGAAGAGGAAACGAUGCUGAAAGAUAUGGUGAAAAGAUUUGCUCAGGAACGGGUUGCACCUCUGGUACAAAAAAUGGAUGAGAAUUCGCAAAUGGAAGACUCUGUAAUAAAGGGAUUGUUUGAACAAGGGCUGAUGAGUAUUGAGCUUGGGGAAGAGUAUGGAGGAACUGGAGCUUCAUUUUUCUCCGUCAUAUUGGCAGUAGAAGAAUUGGCCAAAGUUGAUCCAACUGUAGCUCUCAUGUGCGAGCUCCAAAAUACACUGACCAAUAGGUUGUUUACCACAUAUGGAACAGAAGAACAAAAGAGAACCUACUUGCCUAGGGUGUCUAAAGAUACAAUAGGCAGUUUUUGCCUGUCAGAGGCUGGAUCUGGCAGUGAUGCUUUCUCUUUGAAGACUCGUGCUGAAAAGAAAGGAGACUACUAUAUCAUCAAUGGCUCAAAGAUGUGGAUUAGCUUAGCAGAACAUGCAGGGGUUUUCUUUGUGAUGGCGAAUACAGAUCCUGCCUCAGGAUACAAGGGAAUUACCUGCUUUAUAGUAGAUCGUGACACAGAGGGGCUGCACGUAGGCAAGAAGGAGGAUAAGCUUGGAAUCAGAGCAUCAUCCACUUGCCCAGUAACAUUUGAAAAUGUUAAGGUUCCUGAGACAAAUAUCCUUGGGCAAGUUGGACAAGGCUACAAGUAUGCGAUUGGAAUGCUGAAUGGUGGCAGAAUAGGGAUUGCUGCACAGAUGUUAGGGCUGGCACAGGGGUGUUUUGACCAUGCAGUUCCAUACGCAAAGGAGAGAGUCCAGUUUGGGAAACCCGUCUUUGAUUUCCAGGCAAUGCAACAUCAGAUAGCUCAGGUGGCCACACAGCUGGAGGCUGCAAGGCUGUUGACCUACAAUGCAGCCCGUCUUGCAGAAACAGGAAGGCCAUUCAUAAAGGAGGCAAGCAUGGCCAAAUACUAUGCUGCAGAGGUUGCAACAAUAACUACUAGUAAAUGUAUUGAAUGGAUGGGUGGUGUUGGAUUCACAAAGAAUUAUCCAAUAGAAAAGUACUAUCGUGAUUGCAAAAUAGGUACAAUAUAUGAAGGAACUUCAAAUAUCCAGUUGAGCACCAUUGCAAAAAGCUUAGCACAGGAGUACUGAAGAAAGGAAGAACUUUGUGACUGCUAACAGCAACAGCUUCACUGAGCACUAAUCGUUAAUUACAGGUGUUUCAUGACUGUACAAAAUCCGAAGUGAUAUCAUAAAUGAGAAUGCAUCAUCAGAGACAAAAUCACAAGGAAAACGGUGAAUUCUGCAUUUGGGGACAGCGAAUGUGUAAACCAUGCUAAAUCAUGAAUUCCACAUUCAAAUCUAAAUCUUGAGUUCAGCAUCUCUGAGCUGAAAUUAUUUUGUUGCUUUCAGUUAUACAAACGGUGUGUAUGAACCUCAAGAUUUCGAAGUGAAACGAGAAACUUUUAAGUUGCCUGAUAUAAAAGCUUCUGUUCAGCUGCGUGGGGGAGAGGAAAGGCCACUUUGUGUGCAGCCAAACUGUUGUGCGGUGUAAUGCUUCAGUUUGUUCUUUAUGCCUUUUUUUAGCAUGGGGUAUGAGGAGAGCUGUUUGGAAAUAGGUAAAAGGGAUGGUUUUCCUCUUUUGGGGAGUGAUGUCUGUGGAGCUGCUCUAAUAAUUGGAGUAAUUUUUUUUUUUGUCAGCCUUUAGUGUGUUCUUAAGUGUAUCCUGGUAAUUAAGCCCUUCCAACCUCAGUCUGUAGAAUUGAAAGGUGGAUAAUGUCUGCCUCCCUUUCCAGCAUUCUCAGAUGUUAAGGGUUUAAAUCUAAGAGGCUAUUUAUGGAUAUCCUUCUAUAAAAGGUUGAGUUGAAAUCUCUGUGAAAUGGGGUUAAAAAGCUCUACUGGUUCUUCAGAAAGACAGAGAUAUCACAGCAUUCCUAUUAUCUACCUUAUACCACCUCGCAGCAGCCUUUCCAUGUUCAGUAUGUGUUAUCAACUUCAGUCCUCAGAACCUUCCUGAGAGUUAUGGAGGGGACUGUUAAUUUGUGGGGGGAAAAAUCAUGGAAGUUAGUGGUUUCUCUGCAACGGCUAAGAGACAGUUAUCUUCACUGGAGAGAGAGAGAGGGAGGUAAUUUCCUGGAGAUGAAUUUGCUGUUUUGUCCCUCUCUGUUUACUUUAAAAUUUAACAUUUCAUUUACUUCUGAAGACUCUUCAGUGUUGGGGAGCUAAUUAGCUUAGAGUCAAGAGACUGAAAGUUUAUAUAAUUAUAUAAUUGCUGUAACUGGCAAUUUGUUUCAAGUGUUUUGGGUAGGGAAAGAUUGGUUUUCUGUUCUGGCCAGCUUAGAAGGAUCUCAUUUUUUAAAGCUUCCUAGUCACUUAUGUUUAACUUUGAGUGGAGCUUAGCAAGUUACGAUCUGAGACUCGCAUAGAAUGUUCUGGCCAGCUGUGGGAAAGGGCCCGUAAUAGUAGGUGUGUUUUGAUAAACACCCUGCAGUGCCUUAUACAAAGAAACAAGCGAGGGGAAAAACAUCAGUUCUUACACUUGCUUUCAGCCUCAAAGGGAAGUAGCUAUUUUAAUCAUAGAAUCAUAGAAUCACCAAGGUUGGAAAAGACCUAAAGGAUCAUCCAGUCCAACUGUUCACCUAUUACCCACUAAAAUGAAUGUCUUGCACCAUAUAUGCUCUUUGCCUUGUUGACAGGCAAAGAAUGAAUGUGAUAAUUAUGCCAAAUACAAAAGCACUUUCCGUAUGAGUUUGUUCAAAAUCUUUGGGAUUUUCAAAAGUUCAGGAGAAGGAGGGUAGACUAGAGAAUUCCUGAGAGUUCCUUCCAUGUAUUUUAUGUUAAAAUACAUUUUGGGUUGUUUGCAGACUUUCUUUCAGAUGCUAGACUACAGGUAGGACUAUGAAAACUACGAUGACUAACAGCAGUUACUCUACUCAACAUAGGCAUCUGUGAGACUGUGCUGAUCAUAAUCUUACUAUAAAUACUUGAGUGUCCUUGAUUGCUAUGAUGCAGUGUUCUAAUGUGAGAGGCUGUCCUCGACUGCUCCAGCCUGCUUUGCUAACAUGAGUAUCAGCAGAGAUCAGGUUUUGAUUCCUACUGUUUAAUGGACCUUGUAGUGCAAGGCAGUAUCUUAGGUUGGCUUCCUUAGUUUUGUGUGAGCCUACAAAGUGGGUGAUGGUACUUAACUGACUUAAUAUAGUGCUAAAAGCAAACCCUUUAUUAAGGAAAGUGCAGAGCUCCUUGAAGGACUGCUCAGGGCUGGAUAUUCAGCCUCAUGUAAAAGGACUGUCUCUUUGUGUAGAACUGUUAGGUGUCUAUUUAAAAUAUGAAAAAAGUCAAGAAAAAACUCGUAAUACUGUGAUUUCUUGCAGUCUCAACUUGGUUUCUGUGCUUUGGAAAACAAGUCAACAGUUCUUCUUAGAAAAGCCAAGUCAGUCCUUUAGCUAGUAUUAUGUCUGAGUGUUUCAUGUCUCUCAGUUCCAUAUGCUGUGUUCUCCAAAUUCUUUCUUUUGAAAGAAAUGAAUGCAUUUUAUUUCUGUCUACAAGAUUUUGUGGAGGAAUAUGCGCACAAGUGAACUUUAACCACAUGGUUUCUUCCCAGAAUCCAUUUUUUCCUUAAAAAGGGCACACAUCACUUUGUCAGCAUUGGCAUUUGGUCAUUUGCUCUGGGAAGAGUUUGUUUGAUCCUCUUAAGCCUGCUUCCCUGGCUGCACUAAUGCAGCCGUUUGUUUAGUAAUAGGGCAUGCUCCGUUGUCCAGGAGCUAUUAAGAGCUGCCUGUAGCCCCCACCCCUGUUGAGUCUGGACAUGCAUUUAUGCAUUGUCAUAUAUUGCACUUCUGCACUUGGCACUGUUGAGCAUGGGACUGUUAAUGGUGUGGGGCAGCAGAGCUGGCGUGGUGAAUGUUACAAGGCUUUUUGUGAUGAGGGUAGGACUUAAAGCUGCUUCAUACACAAUAUGUAAUUGUAUCAGUGAAUUUGCCUGUAUAUGUCCUUAGUCAUUUCAGCCAGUCUCAUCUAUUACCUUGGAACAACAUCUUCAGUACUCGAAUGCUACGUCUGGACUGGUUAGAAGGAAUAAACCUUUGAGAAUGCAUUAAAAAGUGCCUGAUUUGAUACCUGACUAGAUACGAUGCUUAUCUCGUGUAUCAUAUGAUGGUUCUCUGGUAAUCUGUCAUUUAAAUGUUUAAAUUGCAGUUUUUGUACUGGGGCAGGAUGAAUCUUCUGUCAUAGUUCUUUCGUAUCACUCCGGUUUGUGAUGAAGCUCUGACGCAGGUAUCCACAGAAAGCUUUAAUUGUUAUCUGGAAAAUACUCAAAUAUAACCUUUUAUAUGAUGUUUCUGA